GUUUAAAACCAGGACAACGCAAAGUUUUAUUCACUUGCUUUAAGAGAAAUGAUAAACGUGAAGUAAAGGUUGCUCAGCUGGCUGGUUCUGUUGCUGAAAUGUCAGCUUAUCACCAUGGGGAGCAAGCGUUAAUGAUGACUAUUGUCAACUUGGCUCAGAACUUUGUUGGCAGUAACAAUGUUAAUCUGCUACAACCUAUUGGUCAGUUUGGUACCAGGCUUCAUGGUGGAAAGGAUGCUGCCAGCCCUCGCUAUAUUUUCACCAUGUUAAGCCCUUUAGCAAGGCUGCUUUUCCCAGCAGUGGAUGACAACUUGCUUAAAUUCCUUUAUGAUGACAACCAACGUGUAGAGCCUGAAUGGUAUAUUCCCAUCAUUCCUAUGGUUUUAGUAAAUGGAGCUGAAGGAAUUGGUACCGGAUGGGCUUGCAAACUUCCAAACUAUGAUACCAGAGAGAUUGUAAACAAUGUCAGACGAAUGCUGGAUGGCUUAGAUCCCCACCCAAUGCUCCCAAACUACAAAAACUUCAAAGGAACCAUUCAGGAACUUGGUCAAAACCAGUAUGUAGUCAGUGGUGAGAUAUUUGUGGUGGACAGGAACACAGUAGAAAUUACAGAGCUUCCUGUAAGGACAUGGACCCAGGUGUACAAAGAACAGGUUCUAGAACCUAUGUUGAACGGGACUGAAAAAACUCCAGCAUUAAUUUCUGACUAUAAGGAAUACCACACUGAUACGACUGUGAAAUUUGUUGUGAAGAUGACAGAAGAAAAACUUGCACAGGCAGAAGCUGCUGGAUUGCACAAAGUUUUUAAGCUUCAAACAAGUCUUACUUGUAAUUCUAUGGUGCUAUUUGAUCAUAUGGGAUGUUUAAAGAAGUAUGAAACGGUGCAAGACAUCUUGAAGGAGUUCUUUGAUUUGCGAUUACAUUAUUAUAGUUUACGCAAGGAAUGGCUUGUGGGAAUGUUGGGCGCAGAAUCUACCAAACUUAACAAUCAAGCUCGUUUUGUUCUAGAGAAGAUACAAGGAAAAAUUACCAUAGAGAACAGAUCAAAAAGAGAUUUGAUUCAGAUGUUGGUCCAGAGAGGUUAUGAAUCUGAUCCAGUAAAAGCCUGGAAAGAAGCACAGGAAAAGGCAGCAGAAGAGGAGGACCCACAGAACCCGAAUGAUGACGCUUCCUCUGCUUCUGGCUCAACUUCUGGCCCUGACUUUAACUAUAUCUUAAACAUGUCUCUGUGGUCACUCACAAAAGAGAAAGUAGAAGAGUUAAUUAAGCAGAGAGAUUCAAAGGAGAGAGAACUAAAUGACCUUAAAAGGAAAUCUUCUUCAGAUCUCUGGAAAGAAGAUUUAGCGGCCUUUGUUGAAGAGCUUGAAAAAGUAGAAGCACAGGAAAGAGAAGAUGUUUUGGCUGGCAUGGUUGGCAAACCAAUAAAAGGCAAAGUUGGGAAACCCAAGAUGAAAAAACUUCAGUUGGAAGAGACCAUGCCAUCACCAUUUGGCAGAAGAAUAGUUCCACAGAUUACAUCUGCCAUGAAAGCUGAUGCCAGUAGAAAAUUGCUGAAAAAGAAAAAGGGUGAAACUGAUUCUCUAGCAAUAAAAAUGGAAUUUGAUGAAGAAUUUGGUGGUGUGCCAGCUGAGGGUGGUGGGGAUGACUCACUGAAUACAUCAGCCACAGCAACUAAAACCCCUAAACCUAAGAGAGAGAAGAAGGAGCCUGGUACUAGGGUGAGAAGAACACCAUCAUCUACAAAGUCCAGUGCAAAAAAGGUGAAGAAACGGAACCCGUGGUCAGAUGAUGAAUCCAAGUCUGAAAGUGAUUUAGAAGAGAAUGAGCCCGUGAUUAUUCCAAGAGACUCUCUGCUUAGGAGAGCUGCAGCUGAGAGGCCCAAGUAUACUUUUGACUUCUCAGAAGAAGAAGAUGAUGCCGAUGAUGAUGAUGAUGCCAACAAUAAUAAUGAUUUGGAUGAGCUCAAAGUAAAAGCUUCUCCAGUUACAAAUGACAGAGAGGAUGAGUUUGUUCCCUCAGACAGUUUAGAAAAAGACGAAUAUGAUUUCUCUCCAGCCAAAUCAAAGCCAUCUCCAGAAAAAACGUCUCAAGACAAGAAAAAUCAAGAUUUUGGGAACAUCUUCUCUUUUCCAUCUUACUCUCAGAAGACAGAUGAUGAUACAACAAAAUUGGACAGUGAUGAAGAGGAUUCUGCUCCUGUUUUCUCAUCAUCUUUUGCCCCAAAACAAACAGAGAAAAUUCCAAGUAAAACAGUAGCUGCUAAAAAGGCAAAACUAGAUGUGCCCCCUAAACCUAAAAGAGCUCCUAAGGCCAGGAAGGUGGAAACUGUAAACUCUGACUCAGAUUCAGAAUUUGGCAUUCCAAAGAAGACUGCAGCACCCAAAGGAAAAGGUAGAGGGGCAAAGAAAAGGAAAGCAUCCAGUUCAGAAAAUGAAGGUGAAUACAACCCUGGGAAGAAAACACUUAAGGCAACACCAAGCAAGAAAUCCAAGAAGGCCGCUUUUGACCAGGAUUCCGAUGUGGAAAUCUUUCAGUCAGGCUUUGCCUCUGAAGCCGCCCCAAAGCCACGGACAGGCCGGGCUAGAAAAGAAGUUAAAUAUUUUGCAGAGUCUGAUGAAGAUGAUGAUUUUGAUAUGUUUAAUUAAGUGCCCAAAGAGCACACAAAUGUUUUCCAACAAAUAUCUUGUGUUGUCCUUUUGUCCCUUCUGUCGCAAACUUUUGUACAUUUGACUUAUUUUAUGUGAUAAUGUAAUUGAUGGUUUUUAUUAUUGUGUGUAGGCAUUUUAACAUUUUGUUCUUACACCUACAGUUUUAUGCUCUUUUUUACUCAUUGAAAUGUCAUGUAUUUGUCUGACUGGCUUGUAGAGAUGUUCUAGACAGCUGUGCUAAAGCACAUUUUAAUUGUCAUGGUUGCAAACAGCAAACCUGCUUUUUGAAAUGAAGUUUAAACAUUAAAAAAUGGAAAACUACC